AUGACUACACUUGUCUCGCUAUCCGAGUAUGCCAAUGCUUUCGAGAAGCUCGAUACGACCGGCCGGAACUGGCUCAUGUUCCAGCAUCGUCUCGAGAUUGCAGUUCGCCAGAAAGGCGUAUGGCCACACUUCGAUGGCUCGUCGAAGAAGCCCGUCGCUGCGGAUCCAAACAAGCCGACGACGGACGAGACAGACCUCAUUCAGGAAUGGCAGAAGAAGGAGAAUCUUGCUCUCUAUCUUCUCACACAGAAGCUAUCUGACACGACAGUGACGAAGUACCGUCGGAGGAGUAGCGUUACCGAGAUCUGGUCUGCCAUUGUCUCGGAGUUCACGCAGAAGUCAAUAUUGAUCAGGUCGAACCUCCGGAUGCAGUUCUCGAACUUGCGUUAUACCCCCGGUGCAGACCUACAUGCCGAAUUUGACCGUAUCCGUGUGAAGCACGAGGAGCUACUCAACCUAGAGAUCAACAUCAGUGAAGCCGAGUAUGCUUCACUGAUCAUUGCUUUCCUACCUCCCGACCUCUCCGCAUUCAUCUCGCAAAUCUCUGCGACAGCCAAAGCCACGAUGCUGAUGCAGCAGCGUGCCGCGGCGAUGUCCAGUACUACUCCCAGUACCACCGCUGUGUCGAGUCAGAUUGACCUCGACAAGGAGAAGCCACUCCUUGAUGCCGAGACCUUGAUGGCACUCGUUCUUGAGGAAUGGGAUCGCCGGAAGAUGUUGAAGGGUGCUAUGCCAAAGGCGAAGGAUCCCGGUGUCGCAGCCAGCGCGGUGUCGACUGAGAAGCUGAAAGGUGGCAAGGGAAAGGGUCCACGCAAGCCUGUUGGUGUGUGUUGGAACUGCGGCGGCAAGGGACACAAAGAGGCCGACUGCCCGACUCCAAAGCAGGGCAGUAGAGACAAGGACAAGGGCAGCAAAAGUGCCGAGCCAUCCAAGUCCACGUCGAAGCCUACCGCAGCGUCAGCAGUCACCCUUGACGACGUUGCGGGUGCCUGGUCAGCAUUCAUACCUGCCGACUUCUCGGAUGACAGCGUGUCAUCUGUGCUGGACCUCUGGUCUGUCAGCGAUGAUGACUUAGAUUAUAGUGCACUCACGGAGGCCUCCACUGACAACGACGAGAUGCCAGACUUGGUGUCCGUGUCAAACUCGUCUGCCAGCGAGUUCGAUGAUGAGAGCGCAAGUGAUGCGCAAAGCUGUGAUGCCGGCGAUGCCAUCUCGCACGAGGACGGUCUUGAGGUUGCCAGGGCACACGAAGCUGCCCGCCACCCCGUGGAUGUGUUAUCGAAGAUGCUGUGGGUCGACGAUUGGGUAAUUGAGGUUGCAGUGGCCAAAGAUGAAUCGAACGAGGAAGAUGCUCCUCGCGUUCCCGAUAUUGUCUUGGCACUGGCGGCUACAAAACCCAAGUCAAGUUACCCUACAGACCUGUAUGAUUCAGGCGCGAGUCAUCACAUGUCACCAUUCCGAGAGGACUUUCUCACCUUCCACGAGACAAUGCCGCAGCCGCUGAAUGCAGCAAACCAGCAGGACUUUGUUGCUACUGGCGUUGGAGAUAUGAUUAUCGCGGUGCCAAAUAGUCCCGGACCAACGAAAAUGAAACUUACGCGAGUCUUGUACACCCCCGCGAUCGCGUUCAACUUGAUUUCGAUUGGACGCAUUGAUGAUGCAGGCUGCACCGUGACGUUCGGUGGGCAGCGCUGCGAGAUCCGCGAUCGUGAUGGCCAUCUUCUCGGAAUGAUCCCGAAGAUGAAGGGGCUGUAUACAGUGGUGCGUCAGCAUGAGAAACCCUCCGCGUAUGCUGCACGACAUGUGAAGAAACUUACUGUCAUGCAAUUACAUCGCCUUAUGGGUCAUAUCGCGCCCCGCACGGCGCGCGAGCUUGUGACGAAGGGCCUAGUGCGUGGUGUCGAGCUCGUUGAAUCAGAUGAGCCCGAACUUUGCGAAGUGUGCAUCCGCGCAAAGAGCACGAGGCGACCAGUGCCGAAGGAGCGCGAGGGAAAGCGGGCAACCGAGUUCGGUGGUGAAGUCCAUUCCGACUUGUGGGGGCCAUCUCGCAUCCAAACUCUUGGUGGUCGGAAGUACUACAUCAGUUUUACGGACGACUGCACUCGCUUCUCAACUGCUUACCUGCUGCGCCAGAAAAGUGAAGCCUUCAUGUCAUACAAGGCCUUCGAAGCAUGGGUGAAGACUCACAUGGGUGUUGACAUUACUGUCUUGAACACAGAUCGUGGUGGCGAGUACCUGAGCGAUGCAUUUGUCAGGCACCUCGAAGAGCAGGGCACGGAACAGAAACUGUCCGUACAUGAUACUCACGGCGAGUCGGGCGUCUCGGAGCGUUUAAAUCGCACCGUUGCCGAGAAAGGCCGCGCAAUGCUGAUUGCUGCGGGCUUACCGCGAUUCCUGUGGGGGGAGGCUGUGCUGCACGCGAUUUAUCUGAAAAAUCGGACGUCAACGAAAGCACUGAACGGUCGCACACCAUAUGAAGCUGUGACAGGUGACUUACCGGAUCUGUCUGGUAUCCCCGAGUGGGGUGCACGCAUCUGGGUCCACGAUACAGCUACAGGGAAGAUGGGCGAGCGUGCAAAACCUGGCCAUUGGGUCGGUUUCGAUAUGCAGAGCAAAGGCCAUCGGGUGUAUUGGCCCGACAAGCGCUCCGUCACAGUUGAGCGCAACGUGCGGUUUGGGGAACCACAUGCUGUGUCGCCAAACUCGGAUGACGGCCUCGAGCUUGAGGGGGAGGAACCUGCUGGUGACAAGCCCGAAGCUGAACUGUCCGUCAGUGCGCCCGACCUGCCCGUUAGUGCGCCCGAGCCUGCAUCAAACGUGCUCGUGCCGUCCAAUGUGCCCGCUAAGCCUGCAUCGCACCAGACACCUGCCGAAUUACCACAUAUACCGCAGCACCCUGUUCGUAACCGCCAGCCGACACGCUAUGUCCGCGACAUACGCGCGGGGAAGGCAGAGUCAAAGAAACUGCCCACCGGUAUGCAAGUGCCUGAUGAGGCUGAAAAAUCCCGCAGCGCUGAAGCUUCGCUUCAGGGGGAGCUUGAAGAGCCAAUAGGAGGCGUUGCGAUGGCGGCGAAGAUGGCGGAUGUUGAGGGACUGGAGCCAAGGACGAUAGGCGAGGCGAAGAAAAGGCCGGAGUGGCCACGCUGGGAAGAGGCGAUCGUGGAGGAACUGCGCACUCUUGAGGCACACGGUACGUGGCGUCUUGAGAAGGCACCUACAGGUGCAAAUGUUGUCAGCUGUCGUUGGGUCUUUGCCGCGAAGAAGGAUGCCGCCGGCAAUGUUUACAGGUAUCGUGCCAGGCUUGUUGCUCGCGGAUUCUCGCAGAUUCCAGGUGUCGAUUUUUUCGAUACCUAUGCACCUGUUGCCAAGACGGCAUCCAUCCGUGUCGCACUCGCGUUCGCUGCUCGUCACGAUUUUGAGGUCCACCAGAUUGAUGUGAAGAGUGCCUAUCUUCAUGGUGAGUUUGAGGAGAACGAGGUUAUUUACAUGAGCCUACCUCCUGGGACAAACCUCACAAAAGAGCCUGGGAUGGUGCUGCGACUUCUCCGACCUCUGUAUGGCCUCCGCCAGAGUGCUCGUCACUGGCACAAGAAACUCCUGCGUGCGCUGCAGGAAUUCCUCCGCAUGGUACAGUGCGAUGUUGACCAGGCCGUCUUCUUUCGCAUAGAGGGGACUGACCUCAUCGUGAUCGUUGUACACGUCGAUGACCUGACUAUCGUCACGUCGUCGCGCGCCUUGAUCGACGAGGUGAAGGCGCAACUCCGAAAGGCGUUCGGAAUCUCGGAUUUGGGUGAGAUCCAUUGGAUCCUCGGAUUCGCCGUAGAACGCGAUCGCACCGCGCGCACGCUCGCCCUAUCGCAAACAUCAUACAUCAAUUCCAUCAUCCAGAGGUUUGGUUUCGAAGAUUUGAAGCCACUCACCACGCCUAUGGACCCGAACACGACGCUGUCGAGUGCGCAGUCACCACAGACGACCGCUGAGGCUGCCGCCAUGCGCGACAUCCCGUAUCGCGAGGCUGUGGGCUCGUUGAUGUACGCGUCACUUGGUACGCGGCCGGACAUCACGUAUGCCGUCUCGUUUCUUUCGCGUUUUUCAGACAAUCCCGGGAGAGCGCAUUGGGAAGCUGUCAAACGUGUCUUCAGGUAUCUGUCCGGCACCAAGGACUUGAAGCUUACCUAUGGUGCGCAGGGGCUGGAUCUGGUAGGCUAUACGGACGCAGAUGGGUCGAUGCACGAAGAUCGGAAGGCGAUUUCGGGCUAUGCUUUCCUCAUCGACGGCGGCGCGGUCUCUUGGAGUUCGAAACGCCAGGAGAUUAUUGCGUUGUCGACGACCGAGGCGGAGUACGUGGCAGCGACACAUGCAGCGAAGGAGGCACUCUGGCUGCGCUCCCUAAUCGGGCAAGUUUUUCAACCAUUCUCUGAGGCCGUUACCCUGUAUUCCGAUAAUCAGUCCGCCAUCACUCUCUCCCGCGACAAUCAGUAUCAUGCACGCACGAAGCACAUUGAUAUACGUUUCCACUUUAUUCGUUGGAUUGUUGAAGAAGAAAAACUCAAACUCAUUUAUUGCCCUACCGAAGACAUGGUAGCUGACUGCCUCACCAAAGCUCUCCCCAGUCCAAAAGUCAAGCAUUUUGCCACUGCAUUGGGACUUUGCUAG